AUGGUGGCGGAAGAAGGCGAAACGCCGAGAAGCCCAGAAGCAAAGCUGGGGAUGCAAGUAGAGGAUUUGUGGGAUGUGCAAGAGCCUCAGCUCAGCCCUACUGAGAAGCUCAACGCUUGCUUUGAGAGCAUCCCUGUUUCUGCUUUCCCUCCUGCACCUUCUUCACAAGUUAUUGAGAUAAGAUCAGACACGAGCCUGGCCGAGGCUGUCAAGUUACUGGCGAGGCACAAAGUCCUUAGUGCCCCUGUUGUGGAUGUAAAUGCACCUGACGACGCCAGCUGGAUCGACCGAUACAUUGGUGUCGUUGAGUUUGCGGGCAUUGUUGUGUGGAUUUUGCAUCAGUCUGAAAAGAUGGAAGCUGAGUCCCUGUUUGAUUCAUCCAUGAACGGGGACUCGGGGGUUGAUGUGGGCCCUGCUGUUGCUGCUGCAGCAGCCAGUGGAAUGUGUUCGCCCAGGUUCAAAAGUCGCCACCCGGACUCCCCCACUGCCACCUGUGGCCACUUCUUUGAGACUCUUACUUCAUCUGAUUUCUACAAGAAUACCAAGGUGGGGGAUAUAGCAGGAACUUUUCGCUGGGCCCCAUUUCUGGCUUUGCAGAAGGCCAACUCGUUUCUGACUAUGCUCCUAUUGCUGUCUAAAUACCGUAUGAAGAGUGUCCCUGUUGUUGAUUUGGGGGAAGCAAAGAUUGACAAUAUCAUCACUCAAAGUGCCGUUAUUCACAUGCUCGAAGAAUGUGCGGGUCUUCACUGGUUCGAGAGCUGGGGUUCCAAAAGGCUCUUUGAACUGGGACUUCCUCUCAUGAAAUCUCGCCACAUAAUAAAGGUGAAUGAGGAUGAGCCCGUGCUUCAGGCAUUCAAACUAAUGCGGCAAAACGGAGUUGGAGGUGUGCCUGUGGUUGCAAACGGUGGAAAUAAGGCAAUCGGCAACAUAAGCAUCCGAGAUAUUCAAUUCCUUCUCAUGGCACCUGAGAUCUACAAGGAGUACAGAUCAAUCACUGCCAAGAACUUCCUGGCGGCAGUGAGAAGGCAUCUGGAGGAGCAACAGAAUGAGUCCCCAUUGGUGACGUGCAUGAAGGACGAUACCCUGAAACAAGUGAUUAUCAAGCUCGACUCCAUGAAGAUCCACCGCAUAUACGUGGUUGACGAGGCCGGGAAUCUGGAAGGAGUUAUCACCCUCAGGGACAUAAUAUCAAAGCUCGUUCACGAGCCGAGAGGUUAUUUUGGGGAUUUCUUUGAUGGUGUCUUGCCACUGCCUGCCAAUAGCAGGGUCUGA